GCUGAAACGAGACUUACCAAAAACAAACAAAAUGGCGUCGGUUAAAGUUCAGGUUGAAUACUGUGGAAGCUGAGGUCACUUCCCUCGGUUUAGGCGUCUGAUGGAGGACAUCCUCUCAGAGUUGCCAGAAACCGAGGUGGUUGGAGAUGUCGGGAGAAACCAGUCAUUUGAGGUCUCAAUUAAUGGACAGCUGGUGUUCUCAAAACUCAAGACAUAUGGGUUCCCCAAAGCACAAGAUAUUAUUAAGGAAAUCCAGCGGGCUUCACAAGGGGAGAAAUGUCAGGAAAUAACGGAUUCCGAGUCCCCCUGGUGUGUCUUACUCUAAUCCUGUGUGCCUACUACACAAACGCCUAGCCUGUAAUAAACAGAAACACAUGAACACUGAAAUAUACCAGUGGUUUAGAUGACAAACUACAAGGAGGAUGGUUGGACACAAACAAAAAAUCAGCAUUAAUUGUUUAUUAAAAUAUCAGUCAAGUAAAUUGAAGCAUGCUAAUGCAUGGGAAAAAGACAUAACAUGAAAUUACCUUUUUGAUGUUAAGAGGAAGUUUUAACAAAUCUAUGGAAUGUUGUGUACAGAAAUACUUUAUAACAUACAUUUGUACUUAUUUGAAUUACAUCAAACUCCAGAUUAAUAUACAUCAGCAUGGGGACCUGUGUUUCCCACAUCAUUUGUGUGUUACUGUUGCCCGUAUCAUUCAAGCGCUCACCCUAAAGGUCAAGAUUACAAUUAUAAGCCAUUUGCUUCUCAUCAGACAAGACAAAAUCGGAGUCAUUUGACAGUAUCCUGUGACUGCCAUUGUCAAUUUUAUUUUCCACAAAUAGAUUCAUUCUGGUACCACAUAAAUUGUGUUAAAUAACUGUUGUGUUCUUGAGAUGAUGUGUUUCUCCUUUUUACAGGCCUUGUAAGUGUGUAAGGGAUAUUUCAAAUCCAGAUUUUCAGUUAAAUACUACACAAGCGCAUGAGGAAACUUAGCUAAACAAUUGAAGCUAUUUUUCUGAUUAAUAUUUUUGUUAAAUAUUUUUGAUGUUAGUAUUUGAGUGAUUGUCAGGGAUUCCAAUAUUUCCUUUUUUAAAGUAUUUUUAUUAUACAGAAGAUAUAUACGUUCAUGUUGCAAUUACAUUGUGUUGUUCAUAUACAUUCAAAUGCAUGUAUAUAUUUUGUCUUCAAUAAUUAUACAUAUAUGGUUUCAUACCUUAUUAUUGUAAAUUCCUUUUCUUUAUAGACCACCUUUUCUGGUUUGAUUCAAUAUUAAUAUAUUAUUUUUGAUAUUUGUUAUUAUGAUGUGUUUAAAAAUGAUGUAUUACUAUCAAAGUUGCAUUUAAUAAAUGUUUUAUGUAAGAAAAUCAAAAGUAAAGAGAAAAGAUUUA